GUGUGACGCCGCCUCCAGCGCAUCGACCUCCCGGCGAUCAACGCAGCCGAGUUCAUUGAAGCGUGUCUCCCUUCCAGGAGCCUCUCAACAUGUCGGUGGCCGUCGGUUGCUUCUUGUAUUUCGCCUUUGGAAGUAACCUCUUGAAGGAGAGGCUGCAGCUUGCAAACCCCUCAGCGGAGUUCCGCACCACGGGCCGGCUCAAGGACUACAAGCUGAAUUUUGGCCUUUGGGAGAGACAAGCCGACAAUGCCUGGCACGGUGGAGUGGCCACUAUUGAACCCACUCCAGGUGCAGAGGUGUGGGGAGUGGUCUGGACUAUGAGCAAUGACAACCUUUCAAGUCUGGACAACCAGGAGGGGGUGAACAAGGGGAAGUACUCUCCUCUGGAGGUCUCGGUGGAGACGGAUGAAGGACCGAUGCUCUGCAGGACGUAUCGGAUGAACAAUUUUCACGCCUGUCCUCCGUCUCCUCAGUACAAACAGGUGGUGUGUUCGGGCGCAGAGCAGAAUGGACUCCCUGUGGAAUACCUGAAGAUCCUGGAGGCUGUUCAAACCAACAACUAUACCGGCCCCUCCGUGCUCGAUCAGAUCAGAGCAGCCAGAGUGUAGCGAUCAGCGCUGUGUUCAAGGCCAUGUUGUGGUUUCUCUGUCCAAACAAAUCUCAGAGAGUGGGGGAAAAGCAUUUCAGUUUUCACAGUAACUUUCCCCUUUAACAUACAAAAACGAUUCCAAGAAAUGUGAAGACAGUAUGUCAGUGUUAAGUUGGUUUGGACAUUAGGCCCUUUAAUUCCAGAGGAAGCCUUUAGAACCUAGGAAAAGCAUGACUCUUAGUGUGACUUGAUUACCAGGUAGGAAAAUAGAACCAUUUGAGAUUCUGAAUUAGCCAUGAAAAUAAGAGUAGAAAUCAACAAAAUCCGUGCUUUAAAUCUCAGAUAUUAAGUAUUAUGUAAAAACUUGUUAAGGAUUGAAUUAUUUUUAGAUGCUUUCUGUAGAAAGUUGUCAAACCAGUCCAGUCUGACGUGUAUUGACGUGUUGUGUUCACAUGCCUACUUUACAAACACUGGGCGUUUACUUUGGCUGGCUUCAUACAAAUGUUCUUGGCAGAUCAUCGGCGCCAGUCCAGCACUCGUCAAACAGAGCCUGCCACGCUCUGAACGCUCAGCUUCCUUCCCUGAACCACGUCACGGAGAUACUGACUGACCACAGCUAUCCGGGAUUAUUUCACAACGGCUGGGGUUUCGGUGACGCAUCGACCUGGUCAUCCACCCGUCAUUAAAUCUCCACUUUGGCCUGUUUUUUCUUUCUGCUUGUAAAACAUCGAUUUUUGACUCACUUUGACGUGUUUGCAGAGAAUCUCAUAUUUUUUAUGUAUUUAACAUUGUUUUAUGGUAAUAAUGAAGACUGUAUCAUGUUAUCAAUAGAAUUCUGAAAAAUAAAGUCGGCGCACUGAACGCUGUCAGUUGUUGUA